AUGGAGCGCCGUGGACUGGAGCCAAGGACCGGCAAGCCGGCUCCUGCAGAUUUGGUCCGCGGCGGGUUCCAGCCGCGCCUUCCGACUUCGCUGCCGCCCCCAGGGCAGCAGCAGCAGCCGUCGCCGCUACCACGUCGACAGCCCGUCCCGUUGCUGCCUCCCGCGCAGCUUCAUCCGGGAGCGCCCCAGGUGGUCGCUCCGGCGCCUGCGGUCCCUCUUCAGUCGCCACCGCCUUCGGAGCUGAUGGACGUCGACCCCUCAGCCGGGCCGCCUUCCCAAGCGGUGGCUGUGCAGCCUGUCCUGCAGCCGCUUUCCUUGGGCACCCCCAAGGAGUCUGACACCGCAGUGCCUUGUCCGGCGCCCACUCAGCAGCCGUCGACGCAGCGUCAGGAGUCGCUGCCUCUCUUCUUGGGUCCCGACGCCCCGUCGCGUCCAGUACCAGAAGCUGCGCCCGUGGUCACAGGCGUGCACCCUGACCUCGGUUUUCAAUAUCUGGAGAAGUACAAAAAUGCACUGCUUGAAAAUCCGUACAGAAAACGGCGACAUUUUUGCUACAACAAUUCAAAACUUUAA